ACUAGUAAAGAUUAUUAAAAUCAAUAUGAACAGUCAGCAGAACAUUGACCAGCAGAUCGGUAUUGGCUCAGAAGAACAGACAAAGUUGGAACAUACUCCAGGAUCUUUCCAAGCUUCAUAUAUUGAUGUCAUUGCCGCAAUGCCUGGUUCAGAAGAUAAAGAAUUAAUCAAAAAUGUCAGAGUAGACAAAGAUAUCAACGGCAACAUCCUUGUCUCCACAGUUUGCAGAAGACUCGUCGAACACGGCUUCAAUGUGACAGGAAUGAGGGUAUCCUACUAUUCUCCCAUUGAACAAAUGUAUAUUUUUGCUGGGAAAGACCCGAUCCCUCUUGAGAAAGAUGGAAUAUCAGUGAACAACCUCAGCAACAACAGACUCACUUUGAAGUUCAGGCCUGGUCAAGAUAAUAGUCCUAAAGGGAUGCCACCAGCUCCUGUCUUAGAGAAUCAGCCUUCAUCAUACAGUCAGAAUCCAGAAGGCCAGAUAGGAUUCACAGGAACUGGAAUGAAUAUGAUGCAUCAGGCACCUCCUGUGCAGGCUCCACCACCAAUCCCAACACCUCCUCCUGUUCAGAAUACUCCUAUGUCCUCUGGGCCAACACUAGACAUUGAGGAGAAAGAGAAGUCAGACUCUCAAGAUCAGAGCAACAUGGAAAUUUGGAGUUCCGCCAAAGCCAAUAGAAGAACCAAGGAAAGGAAGAUUUCCUUCGUCAUUGAAAAAGUUUCUAUGUGGAGAAAACUCUACAACGGUAUCCAAGACAACACUGGCAAAAUUGUUAGAUACAGUUUGGAAGACGCUGCUAAGAAAGUGGGAAUUAGUAAGAAAUCCCUUGAUGAUUAUCUCCUCCAACUAAGAUACGGCAAGAAAUACGGCUUUGACUUCAACGAACACAAGGAAGCUAAGAUUGGUAUCCUCAGAGCAUUCGUCAAGAAGAAGAAGCAAGAAGAAAAAGACAAACAAAAAGGCAAAAUGGACGCUCUUUCCGAUUAAUUC